CGCACACUUUUAAAUAAAAAAAAAUGGCUAACUGUACUUUUGGCUUUAAUGCAGUGCUGACUAGCAUUGAGUUAAAUAAUCCAGAUUUUCAGGAUCUGCAAAAAGUACAAGUUGAGGUCAAUUUUUGUAAUGCUUUUAUAACAAUAAGACAAAGUGGCUUCAAUGUGCCCGAGCUCAUGCCCGAGUAUAGCACGGAUGUCAUCAUAGACCCGACCGUUCUCCGCCAGACUAUCGAGGAAUGCGGAGUACCCAUAUCAGUAAGGUAUGAAGACUUUCUAGUUGGUAUGGGAGCUGUUCGCUUUCGUCCAGAAGACUUGGAGGGGAUAGGGGACAGCAUGAAGCAAUUGGUCCUCACAGAGUCCUGUACGGUUGAUCGCGACGGCAAAGUUGUUGGCAGAGUAGAAAUGCUAUGCUCUCUGCAGCUGAAAUGUGUCGACGAGGAAAAGGGGAAGGAGAGCACGUGCCAGCUCUUCAAGGACAAAAGUAUCAACGAAAAGGAUAUCCUAUUUAUUAUGAGCGAGUCCCAGCAGUGCACCGAUCCCUGCCUAGGUGCAUUAGACAGCGUUGAGGACUCUGAAUAUCUCAAAUUUGGCACUCAAAGUUUCGCAAACGAGAAUAUUAAAUGCAAGCCACCUGCACCUAGGUUUCUUCAUAAUCCAGUUGGCAAUGCUAUCUGUUGUGAAGUGAAGGAAAUGGCUCAGGACUGUAACGAUACUGUUGACGCAAUUACGAUCAGCUUGGAUCAUAACAAGAAAUUAAGACCGCCUUGCCGAGGGCCCCCUGACCCACUCGGCCAUCCUUGCACUUUGAAUAUGCACUACAAUUCCUGUAGAAUGCCUCUCGAGGAGAGUAAUCUUCGGCUUCCAUGUUUCACGCGCAUACCACCGCUAGAUCCGGAAGAAUACAACACACUAAGUGAAAGGAAAAAUGACCUUCUGAAGGAAAAACGUUUCUGUCCCAUUUGCCUCACCAAUUUGACGUGGCUUCCCAUAUUGGCUGCCUGUCCUAAGUGCGGCCUAAAGCCGAUGCUAUUGCCUCAAAAACCCAAUAUAAAAGUACCCGAUGACGAUCUGAUUUAUAGUAAUCUAAUUAUACCACCAGAAGAUACGCCACCAGAUGAGGUGAAGCCGAGGAAAUGUCGGUGCACUUGCAGGGCCGGCAAAUUGUGCCCCUUUUGUCGAGUUCGCGAAAAGGUGGCCGACUUUUAUGACAUUGAGAAGCCACCUAGGGAGUCUCUUGUAUACGAGGACUCCGACCAGGAAACGUCUGAGGUGGGCGUCAAAGAAACAGACUCUCGUCCAUUUCUAUCGCGCGUAUUCUCCGAAAUACGCGACUUAAAUAAUAUCAAGGAUAUCAAACCUUUCGACGUGCUGCAGAAGGAGUGCGCAAGGAAAGAGAAAGCGGAAAGAAUGCAAGCCGGGCGACUGCAAGCUGGUACCUGUGGAAAGGAUGAGAAGAAGCCAGCAGCCGCUCCCAGCGAGCGUAAAGCUCCGAUCAAACGCAGAUCCUCCAAACCCCAUCGAAGAAUUUCGCCCUCCCACAAGAAAUGCGCGAACCGCGUGCCCUCUAUUCCGGCGAAUCACGGCUGGAACUGGUACGCCAGCGAGGAGGCACUCAAGCAUGGCUGGCAGCCAGGACUCGUGCGCAAGCCGAUUAAAAGAAUUAUGAAAUUCUUCUUGCAGGGCUCACCUGAGAAAUUGGCAGCUGAGAAGUGCAAGGAACUAAUGGAGCUAGAGAAGAAAGACAAGCCGCCCAUCCUCAAUUUGCGCAAGAAGAACGGCGAAAUCUUCAUCACUUUGCGCGCCCUCGAUAAUCCGAAUGUGACCAUGAAGCCGAUUGUCUUCAAGGUGGUCAAAAGUGAUCUGGGCGUGGCUCUAAGUCAGAUCAAGAAGAAGUUCAAAGCGAAGGGAUUCCGCAAGUGCACCUGUCACAAGCCCUUGAUGAUGUGCGUAUGCCGUGAUAUCUUCGAGAAGAAGUGCCUGGAGGCCGCGCUGCAGAAGGAGUGCAAGCGUCGGCAUAUGGAAAGCUGUGUCGCUCAGUUGGUGCUGACAGACACCAGCGACAGUGAGAUGGAAUUCGACUUUGAUGUGUCACCGCCAGCGGCAUCGCCGCAGAAAUACGUCAAGCCCAAGACGCAUAACCAUGAAACGCAGACGGCCGCGGCUGACUUGAAAGUAACUCCGAAAUAUCCAACUGUGAUCCAUCCCUAUUGGCGAGUCUACGACUGUGCUGCAGGCGAUCGGUACACCGGCACAGCAUUUGGCAAGCCUGGUGAGCCUGUGUUUGAGGAUGGCCUUUUUGGCCACGGAGGCGGUGGACCACACGGGGCCUCUGCGGCUCCGGGUGGAAGACCGAAGCCACCCGGCAUAUGGGGCUCCGGCCACGGCGGGCCCAUGCGUGGUGGCGCCGGUGGUGGUAGAGGUGGUGGCGGAAGAGGCGGUGCUGGCGGUGGCAUGGGUGGAGGCCCUGGCGGCGCUGGUGGAAUGGGAGCACUAUUCGACAAAUCAUUCCCCGGCCUUAAGAAGAAGGGAACUGGGAAGUCCGCACCCAUCCCUGUUCGCAUGCGUGAUAAAGAUAUUAAAGCAGUUAAAGAUGCUAAGCAAGCGGCUAAGGAUGCGAUUAAAAAUGAGAUUGCACGGAAAAAGAAGGGUAUCGAUCUUAUUCAGUAUUUGAGAGAAGAUGGCGCCCUGCCUAAGCCUUGGGAUCCAAACAAUCCUCAGCCAAAGAACCCGAAGCCGAUCCCGCCCGUCGUGGCACCCGAUGGACUCACUUACGAGGAACACAAGAAGCAGCUCAUGAACUCGAUGAUUAUGCCGCCGCUCGAGACAAUGCCGCGGCUGGGCAGAGGCUACGACCCCUGCCAGUACUACAAUUCCUGUAUGACCCCGUGCUGCUAUCCGUGCUGCUACUGCCCGUAUUAGAGCUAAUCAAGAUGAGAAACUAACGCACGUCCCCAUCAGCAACACCAACCAUACAUUUGCGGCUUAUUUGUAUUCAGCGCCGAUUUAUGUAAGCAGUUUAAGCCUCAUUUGGUGCAGCUAUAACUGCACUACAUGGGGACGUCACACACUCGCCCUGCAUAUGGUGCAUCAGCUGGAAGUGUAUCUAAAGACGGUGUGUCUGGAAAUGGGGACGAGGCCCUCAAUACAACAGUUAGCCCUCCAUGUGAUGAGCCAAAUUCGUUGAUCUCGACGUCCAUGUCCUCCUUGCCUAUUUGGCAAUAUUUCAU